AUGGCGUCGUUGUCGAGCUUACUACCCGCUCCUGUACAGCAGGUUUGGGAUAGAGAUGAUGAACAAAAAGCUAAACGUGUUGGUAGUGCGCUAGUUGUAUCGCAAACAAGUGUACCGCCGUAUGGACAGAGGAAAGGAUGGGUUCCUCGAGCCGAGGAAGAUUUUGGAGAUGGAGGUGCCUUUCCCGAGAUUCAUGUGGCUCAAUACCCUUUGGGUAUGGGAGCACGAGGCAAGGAAAGCACAUCAAAUGCCCUUGCUGUACAGUUAGAUGAAUCUGGCAGAGUUAAAUAUUCAGCAAUUGCUAGACAAGGUCAUGGUGCAGAUAAGAUAAUCUAUUCAAAACUAACAGAUCUCCUACCAGCAGAGGUCUUAGCAGAAGAUGAUCCAACACUACAGAAACCAACAGAAGAUGAUAUUCAAGACAUUACAGAGAAAACUAAAUUAGCCUUAGAGAAAUUGACCAAUGCUAAAAUAUCUGCUGCUAUGCCAGUCAAAGCUGCACCAAAAGCCGCUCCAGCGCAGUACAUUAGAUACACUCCCGCGCAACAAGGAGAUGCGUUUAAUUCGGGUGCAAAGCAGAGAGUAAUCAGGAUGGUUGAAGCUCAAGUGGAUCCCAUGGAGCCUCCCCGCUUCCAGAUCAACAGAAAGAUCCCACGGGCGGCGCCCUCACCCCCGGCCCCUGUAUUACAUUCACCACCCAGAAGGGUCUCUGUUAAACAGCAAAGGGACUGGAAGGUGCCCCCUUGCGUUAGCCAUUGGAAAAACGCUAAAGGUUAUACAAUACCGCUGGACAAGCGUCUAGCGGCCGAUGGUCGCGGUCUACAACAAGUGCACAUAAAUGAGAACUUCUCUAAAUUAGCCGAAGCUUUGUAUAUUGCUGACAGAAAAGCUCGCGAGGCAGUUGAAGCACGAGCACAAUUGGAGAGAAGAUUAGCACAAAGAGAGAAGGAGAAGAAAGAAGAACACUUGAGAAUGCUGGCGCAGAGAGCUAGAGAUCACAGAGCUGGUAUAAGGGCGCCUGAAGAGGACAGUGAGACAAUGGGCGGCGAACCAGAUGGAGAAUCAGCGGAACGUGAUAAACUAAGAGCAGAAAGGCACAAAGAGAGGCAGAGAGAUAGAAACUUGGCUCGUGCUGCACCUGAUAAGCGCUCGAAAUUGGUGAAGGAACGGGAACGUGAUAUAUCUGAGCAAAUAGCACUUGGAAUGCCGGCCAAAGCGAACCAGGGGGCAGAAGCCAUGUUCGAUCAACGCCUGUUCAACAAUUCUAAAGGGAUGGAUAGCGGUUACGGUGACGAUGAAGCAUACAACGUAUACGACAAGGCCUGGCGUUCCGGUGACGCGGUCGCGUCGCACAUCUAUAGGCCGUCGCGCAACGCCGACUCGGAUAACUAUGGCGGCGAUUUGGAGACCAUCGCUAAUACUAGACGGUUCGUCGCGGAUAAAGAGUUCGCUGGAACAAGUAGUAGCAACACGCGCUCCGGACCCGUUCAGUUUGAGAAAAACCCGUCUCGGGCUGAACCACCCAGCCGCGGGAACCAACCAGAAGCUGACUUCGAUCCGUUCGGUUUGGAUCGGUUCUUGAGCGAAGCCAAGCGGGCCGACAAGAGCUCGAGGAAGAGCCAUCACGAGCCACACGCCAAGAAACGACGGGAAUGA